CACUCAGGCUGAUAAGACCUUAUUCUAAUCACAUGUUACUCUUAUUAAGCAGCGUCGCGUUACGUAUAGUUAACCGUAGACUCCGUUAGGGCGCUGAUCGUACUUGUGAAAAGGAAAAAGAAAAGAAGCAGAAAACUAUAUCAGCGAUAACGUUUAAUGCAUCUCGUGAAACGUUAAUCGUUUGAAAUAACUUGUUAUCCGGUCAAAUGUACAGUGCUAGUGCGGAAGUGUCACUUGAUAUAUUUUUCGAUGAGAGCAGAAAAAAAAUAACAAGAAGUGAUGGAAGUUUGUGAAAUAUUGAAAACCAUGUUAAUGCCUGACCCGUCGUGUUUAACGGCAAAUGUGCUUUGGACUUUAUCACUUUUUUUGUAAUCCCAAUUAAAAAGUGCCUGAAGUUCUGGAUACACGUGACAUACGUGGUACAGUAAAAGCAAAGAUUCUACCAUCAUAAUCGAGUACCGAACCACGAGAUACAGUAUCGUAAUAAUAUCUGACAUUUCCUCUAAGGUAUCUCACCAAGAGUCUAGGCCGCGCCAGGAAAAUACUAGAGAAACAAGAGAACAAAGUAACGAAUAGAAACGUGUGCGCAUUCUAAAAGCCGCAGGAAGGUAAAGAAAAAAAAAAUGCAUCUUGCGCAGGGAACGCCGAGCGAUUUCAGAGCAAUCAAUCUUCAAGUUCUCAGCCGUUCGCACUGACCCUUCGGCAACCUGAAGAAUCGUACCCCAGUGUCGCUUGCCGCUUAGAAAAUAAAAAAAAGAACAGAAGUAGCAGCGGCAGGAGAAGAAGUAUAGAAAAGACGAGCAAACAAUAGAGAAGCAAAAAGUAGGAAGUAAGAGAAGAGAAUAAGCAGAAGUAGAAUCAGGAGCAUAGAAGAAGUAAAAGAGGAAGAAAGUAGGUGCUGGUGGUGGUUGUGGUGGUGGCGGCGGCAGUGUUGGUAAUCGUACGGAAAGCGGCGGAGGUGGAGCAGGAAAAGGAGAAGAGAAUCGUGUGGCAGUGGUGCGGUAGCGGACGCGCAUCCAGAUCUGUCGCGUGCUGCGUCGCUCCGGGAUGGGAUGGAGCGGGACGGAACGGAACGGAAUGGGACGGGUUGGGACGGGACGAACAGGGACGGGAUGGGAUGGAUGCUGUACGCUCGUCAGUGAGUCGAUCUCCGUACUCUAGUGUUGGUUUCACUCUCGGCACUCGGUGAGCCUGUGUACGUUUCUACGAGAGCGAACCGAAGUACCGAACCGAGCCAAGAGAACCGCGGCACACUCGUUCAGUAGUUUCUCGGACGCCGCACCGGCACCAUCCGACCUACGAGAUAACCCCACGCUCUCCAGCUACCCCUAUAUACGGCGAGCAAGUACGCUCAUCUAAAGUUGAAACACACCUACGGGACAAAAUCGACUCUACGGGAAUUAUAAAGAAGCCGGCACGGAGAAAUAAAAAAAAAGAGAAAGAAGGUCGCGCCGUGUUCGGAGGGAGCAUUGCUAAUUUUUGGAGAGGACUUUUCAAAGAGAAAGAUAGAGGAGUAGAGGGAAAAAGCGGGAGAAAGAGAGAGAGAGUGUGUAUGGGUGCAUGUGAGUGUGCGUAUGAUAGAGAGAAAGAGAGAGGGAGAUAAAGUGGGAGAGACUGCACGAAAUCAUGAAGCAACCUUCGUGCUUGUCCUCGCGGUCCUCCUCGUGGUAGCCACCGAUGGCUCAUACGUAUCACAUGGCUACUGAACAAUCUCAUCUACGAGACAAGUACGCAAAUCGGCAUACUUUACUCAAGACCAGUUCGCGCUUUGUUAACAGUUGUUUACGAUUGUUUAUAGAAGUUUAUUAUCCCGGUUACCGGUAAUCGUGUAUUUUCACGCGACGAAUCUCCAUAAGCUGACGAGCAGUGUACCAUUGAUAACGCUGCUGUUGGAAGAAGAGGAGCUGGUCGAGAGAUGUCAAGGAGACUCGGUCACUCACAGUGGAGAGUCUGUAUAGUUGGAAGUUUCGGUCGUCAAACUGAGAAAAAAGCGUUCGAAGCGAACGCAAGGAUCGUAAUAAUUGACUCCCUCUGAAGAUUCUGCCGCAACGUAUGUGUGGACACGUGAUUGAUGUCAAUCAAUUAUACGAGUGAUGAAACGAACAUAUCACAGUCUAGGUACUUUCUAGGCUGUUAGGAAUAAAGCGAAAUCGAAAUAUAAAACGAACGAGAAUAGACUUUAACUUUGCGAUCAAAGCCCAGCCCAUCGAUUCUCAUCGAUCGAUCGCUCGUGCGUUACCAUUUGAAGAGAACCUUCCCAAACGUGGGAAGACUUGUUCUACGAAGAGGCAGACCGAUGCCACCUGGAAAGCGCAUUCCCUGGUUCCCGAUCUUUGCGAACAAGCCGUUCUGACUCGCUUGCGCGUGCGCGCGCGCCCUUCAGCAUCCGCGACUUUGCACGUAACGUACGCGGGGAGAUCGUUGAUUUUCACGGAACGUAGAAGCCGACCUGCCUCGGCAAAGUGCAAUAAAAUGCGAGAAUACCGAAAGUGCCGUACCUGGACGGUAUUAUUCGAACGCGUGCAUCGACCGUGCGCGGGGACUCCGCGCGAGUGAAAGUGAUUAUGGGUUUAUUCUAAAUUAGUGGCCGCGGAUCGAGGCUUUGGGAGUGCACCGUAACGCAGCGCUUUGGAGAUUGACGAAAGAGGCGCCGAGGAGUCGAAGUGGAGAGGAACGGGCGGAGGAAGAGGAAGAGGAAGAGGGGAAGAGAAAAAAGAGAACGAGGAAGCCUGAUAAGCGAGAGCAGAGAGGAAACGUGCGAAUAGCGGGGCAUAGGUGGAGAGCGUGGAUGAGACCGUCAUGCCCACUGAGGUCGACACGGGCGGGCCAUGGGUGCUGCACUGUGAUUACCGAAGUGCCGACAGCUCGAUACCGAUCGAGUCAGAUGCCCCUCGAACCGUCAAGCAUCAGCCAGAGCACAACUCCCGCCUAGGUGAAUCCUCGGAUAGAUGCUCGAUCAGUGACCGUAACCUUCUCCAGAGGGCGAGCUGUCCCAUCGCAGCAUCCGACGACGGGCAAAGUCCCGUAACAACUCGUCGCCCUUCGGGCCGGAAUGUCGCUAGAUUCCAGGAACGCAAGAAUCGUGUCGGGCGUCGAAGAUCGCGAAGACAUUCGGAUGAGAUCUCAAGAUCGAGUUUAUUUAACUGUUCCCGCGACACGAGUAACGAGACUUCCUACAGCAUCCUCGAGGACCACUCGUCCGAUAGGACUCUAGAUCCCUCGAAGGAUAUCCCAUUGAGGGACAUAUCCUCAUGUGGGGACUCGGCGAAAUGUCGAGUUCCCCAGGUUUCUGGUUGCACGAUCUUAGGGAUACCCGUUCGACGCCCGCACCAGACACGUCUGGCGACGGCGAAUGAUAGUGAAAGUGAACAGGACUCGGUGAGAAGAUCUGCGCAGUCUCUGUUAUCCAUUACCACGUGUCCUUUUGCCAAUUCUCGAGAGACGUUACCUGGCGAUACGGCCAGGUACAAACAAUCUCUGAUCUCUAGUCAUUCGAGCACCGGUUCUUCCGUUGAACAGGAUCGAGAAAACUCGUCGAAUCUCCUUGAGGAUAUCGUCGAAUCCUCCUACACUACGAGGAGUAUCCAGAAGAGGAGGAACCAGUCCCUCGAGGAGCUGAGAACUCGAUGGCACGAUCAAGAUGAUGCAGUGUGCCACGAUCGGGAGGACCAUGUUCCCAGCGCAAGUUCAGGACUGUUUGCCACUUCGAAAGGGCCAAGAACAUGUCCUGCAACUCGUUCCUAUUUUUGUCAGUUGGCAUUCAUCAUAUUCCUUAUUAUAUUUGGACAAAGUGGACUCUUCAGGUCAAACGUGAUACCUCUCAAUGCGAAAUUUCGGGCUGGUUUCAGUGCUUUAACUAUAGGAACCAUUGUUGGUGUAGUGAAAGCGGCGCCGAUCGAUCUGAUCGGCGACGCCGCCAUAAGAGCCGAAAGAUCGGCUAAUCUCUCGCAUAUUACGGGAGCAUCACGGAAGAUACAGAUGUACAUUAAAAAUCGGCAUUUGCAGAUUUUGCCGGAUGGUACGGUCAAUGGAUCUAACGAUGAUACAUCCGACUAUACCAUUUUUCAAAGGACUUCGGUGUCGAGAGGUCAAUUAAGGAUCCAAGGAGUUGCCACCUGUUUAUAUCUGUGUAUGGACUCUUGCGGUCUGCUUUAUGGCUCCCGCGAAUACACGGAAGACUGCGUGUUCAACGAGACCUUGGAGCAGCACAACUACAACACGUACAGCUCGGUGCGGUGGUCGACGCCGCGAAAGACGCUGUACCUUGGGCUGAACCGACGUGGACAGCCCAGAAGAGUUCAGGCGCGAGGUCAUAACCUGGGAAGACUGUCGGCCUAUGCGAGAGUACUUACCCAGGUUGCGCUACCCGAACGGGUAGACGCCUUGCAGAAGAGGAUGAUGGGCGCUCAUCACAAUAUUCGACAUCAGCACAACGUCCAUCGUCUUCACAAUCUUCAGCAGCAGGCACUGUGCCCGCCGCUGCCGCCACAAGAGAAAGACGGCAGGGACAGGUUCAGGUGCAGGAAGCGAAAGAAGCGGAAGAAGAAAAAGAGAAGAUGUAGGGAGGGCGAGACACCCGGACCACAGUGCGAAGUUCCUGCAGAUAGUUACUAUGAUAAUAACUCCGGUAGCGGCGAGGGUCCGCCACAGUCGAAGAGAUCGUGCGAGGGCGCAGCCAGCGAGGAAGCCUGCAGAAGACAGGCGCUUAACACACCGUCGAAGAAGAGGAAGUCGCGGAUAGAGGAGAACGUGGCUACGGAUGGCAUGGUCGGCCGCGCGGCCGCUCGUCAUCAGCAGCAGCGCAAAGGUCCCAAGGGUAAGAAAUCUCCAAACUCGAAAAAAACAAAUGGCGCGGGCGACGGGCAGAAAAAGCCUAACGGAAUAAAUGGAAAGAGAAAGGGUGUAGGACCGAAGAGGAACUCUUCUCAUGUGGCCAUCAGGAAGAAAGGAUCUGGCAGGGUCACCAGAACAACGCUGCCCAUAGGCUCUGGCUCAAUGAUGUCACCCUUGUCCUGGUAUCAUGGUGUGUCAACAACUCCAUCAACGGGGGACGAUGCUUUCCCUAGAAGAAGAUUGAAAACACCAUCCCCGUUAAACGACGUGACGGAACCCUCGACUAAACUCAAACAGAACCCGGAUUCACGUCGAGGAAAAUACUUAGGCCUCAAUCGACGUAAAUCCUUGAGGACGACUGUCCAAACCCCCGUCCUUACCACAGACCAAGAAAAUACGGAUGACCAGACGAUCCUAGCCUCGACCACAGAGCUUCCUUACGAUCAUCCCGACUAUACUACCUUCUUGGAAUCUGCGACGGAAAACGGUGACGACCCUUCAUCCGAUUUCCCCGUUUCCGAUGAGGACCUCAUGACCCUCCUAGUUGACUCGACCAGUCCUACUCCUGACUUGGACUCCACCGACGGAUACGACGACUACAGUUACCCUAACACCCCUCUGAUGUUGAGCUUAGCCGAAACUGCGAAGAGGGAUGAAGCCAUUCGAACGCCAUUCCCCCCGGAGAGACUGGCCAUAAAAACUCAAAGAGCCGCCGCCCUACCAGUAAACCUAACCAGGAUGAAAUCAGCCGAAGUCACCCUAAUCUCACACCAAAGUUUAGAGUAGAUUUCAUCUAGCGGUGAGGUGGUCCAGGUGAUUCCUGCCCAGUCACCGGGACGAAUCAUCGUGGAAAGUCCUUCUGUCAUUCCGUGAACGAGGACCACCGAGCAUAGGCACGCUUCGACAUUAUUCUAUGUGAACGCCUAAAUGACUGACGAAGUCACUCAGGAAAAUGACUGACGAAGUGACUUGCCUGCAUUCGUUACGGCAAACCAUAUGGCUUCUUGUAUCACGUGUAUAGAUACAUAUGUGUAUACGUAUGCAUGGACAGGUAGGUAACUAUAGGUAGCUUCUACUCUACUAAAUGUAUAUUUAAACACACUAGUGUUUUCCAUGCUGAGGGUAUCGCGUGAAAUCAAUCACUCUGGGUGCUGUUCGUUCAUCAGUAUCCUAGUACGGUCAUUUAUCUCGCGUGACUGCCGACUAGUUGCGAUAUCAUCAAUUACAGGUACUGCACGACGGAUUUUCAUCGGUAGAAUGGCUCUUGGAUAUAGGGAUGCUGUUAUAUAUUAUUACGUGAUAACUGUAUUGAUAGAUUGCAGUACAGAGAAAUUUUGAAAUUUUAUUCUCACGAUUAGAAAUUGGAUUAGAAUAAUUCUAUUCUUGUUACUAUAAUAGUGGAAUACAUUGUUAUGUAUUUUUCAUUUUCAUUAUCGGUAUAAUACUAAACACGAGAGUUUUAUUUUUUUUUUACGUUUGAUAUAAGGAAUUUCUUUGAGUAUCUCUUAUCACUUUUUAUUCUCUUAAAUGAGAAGAGUUUAGAAAUUAUUCUGGAUUAAAAAUUAUAAGUGAAUCGUCUACGUGUAAAACGAUUCAAUUUGUAUUGUCGAUCGUACUGAUAGAUAAGGUGUCACUUCAAUUAUGUGAAAUUGGUCGCGACUGACUGCAUCUCUACGUGAACUUCACACGAAUGUCGCUCGCUUUCUUUAGAGAAAGCCCAGAGGCGUCUUAACAACGUUGAGAUUAAUUUUCAUCAAAGGACGUAUUUCGCAUCGUUGGAUUCACUCAUGGCUCAAUUACACGUGUCAAGAUCAAAUGAUGACCCAGCACUAAUUCAAAGUGAGGACAACGCUCGUAUAGUAUAACGCUUAUAAGAGUUAUGUAACACCAAUGCAAAUUAGUUACUAGUGGUAUAUAAUAAUACAAAAACAAUUUUGUACUAUAUUUAAAAAAUUAUAUUUUGUAAUUAAAAAUUUAUGUAAUUAAUUGUAUUAUAUUUUUUAAAUCUUUUUCCGGGCAGUUAAAAUUACUUGUCAUGAAAAAGUCAAGCGAUUGCAUCUAAGGUAGAUUUCUCCCUUCGCUUUACCCACUUACCAUCCUUGAAAUGGUUUAACAUUUUUUUAAAUUUAGAAUUGCCCCUCUUUAAAGUGAAAGAGGACUGGCAUGCUAUUAUAUUAUAAUGUAACAAUUCGAGUGACAAGAUCUGCCUCAAGUCGAGCAAAGUCAAG